AUGUUCCCAGGAGCCUGGUUGUGCUGGGCCUCACUCCUGCUCCUGGCCAGGCCCACCCAGCUUUGCCCUAUGGGCUGCGACUGCUUUGACAGAGAGGUAUUCUGCUCAGAUAAGCAGCUGGCCACCAUCCCACUGGACAUCCCCUCACAUGUCACAGACAUUGUCUUUGUAGAGACUGCCUUCACCACGGUGGGGACCAGAGCUUUCAGCAGUAACCACAACCUGACCAAGGUGGUCUUCCUCAACACUCGGGUCCGUCACCUGGAGCCCGAUGCCUUUGGGGGACUGCCCUGGCUGGAAGACCUGGAGAUCACAGGCAGCCCCUUCUCCAACCUCAAUGCUGACGUCUUUUAUAACCUGAGCUCACUGGUGAAGCUCACCUUGGACUUCGACAGGCUGGUGGCUCUGCCUGAGGACCUCUUUCUUUACAUGGACAACCUGGAGUCCCUUCAGCUUCAGGGAAACCAGCUCCAGACCCUGCCCGGGAGACUAUUCCAGUCUCUGAGGUGUCUAAGAAUCCUCAACCUGGAGCAGAACCUUCUGAGCAAGCUCCCUGAGGGGUUGUUCCAGUCACUCAUCAGCCUGCAAACACUAAAGCUGAGUAACAACAUGCUUACCGGGCUCCCCGAGGGCUUGCUGGGCGAUCUGGGCAGCCUGCAGGAGCUCUUUCUGGACAGCAAUGUCAUCACGGAACUGUCCCCACAUGUGUUCUCACAGCUUUUCAGCCUGGAGAGGCUCUGGCUGCAGCACAACACCAUCAGCCAGCUGCCGAUCUCGGUCUUCUCCGCCCUGCACAACCUGACCUUUCUAAACAUGCAGGGCAACGCUCUGCGGACCCUGCCCGCUGAGCUCUUCACCCACAACCCAGGGCUUCUUCACCUGUCCCUGUCCUACAACCAGCUGGAGACCAUCGCCGAGGGUACCUUUGCCAACCUGUCCCGCCUCGCUUCCCUCACACUCGCACACAAUGCCAUCACCCACCUCCCCGAGGAUGUCUUCAGGGACCUCAGGGGGUUGGUCAAGCUCUUUCUGAACAGCAACAACUUGACAGCCUUGCACCCAGCCCUCUUUCAGAACCUGUCCAGGCUGGAGGUGCUCAACUUGUCUAAGAAUCAGCUGACCAUGCUCCCUGAGGGCAUCUUCGACACCAACUAUGACCUCUUCAACCUGGCCUUGUUCGGCAACCCCUGGCAGUGUGACUGUCACCUAGCCUACCUUGCCAGCUGGCUCCGCCUCUACAGUGACCAGAUCUUCAACACCCAUACCUACUGCGCAGGCCCAGCCUACCUCAAGGGCCAGUUGGUGCCCAGCUUGAAACAGGAGCAGCUAGUGUGCUCUGUCAUCCGGGGUCACUUGGGCUUCCCGGCCCUGGGGGCGCUGGGUGACAGGGAGCCAGUGGGCAGUUGGGAUCUGGCAGUGGAGGGGAGGGCAGCCCACAGUCAGUGUAUCUACAGCAACCCUGAGGGCACCGUGGUGCUUGCCUGUCAGGAGGCCCAGUGUCGCUGGCUGAGCAUCCAGCUGUCUUCCAGGGAAGGCUCAGACUCCCCAGCAAUGGCCUACAACUCCAGUAAGGAGUGGGAGUUGAGGUCAACCUGUGGCCCCAUGAGGGUCACUGUGACUAUUGAGGCUCAGGCUGCUGAGCCCUAG